AUACACAAACAAUUUUUUGGAGGUUUUGAUAAAAAAUUUUUUAUAGAAGCUGGCAGAAGUACUUUCCAUUUUGUUUCUCCCAAAGAUAAAAGGCAGUCAAGAAGUACUUCGAGAAGGUCUGGGGCAACAGAAAAUUUUGAAUUAAUGAAACCUAAAAUAUUGCAUGUUAUGGUUUUUGGGCCUAAAGACGUUGGAAAGACAACAUUUCUUCGAACAUUAGCUUUUGGACAUAUUCCAACUUCAUCAACUAGCAAAACUUCACGUUUUAUAUCUCCCUUGCUUGAACAACAAAAUUAUUCCCCAACUAGAGAAGACGACACUUAUCAUAUUCAAUUACAUCGUUUUAACCCACCCAAUUCUUCAAUAGAAGGAAAUAUUAAUAAACAAACACCUAUUGAAUUAAUUUUAUUUCACGACACUGUUGGGAUUCCUCCUUUCGGAAAUAUUGAAUUUAAAAGAGGAUAUUUACAGAUUGCAGAUGCUUUUAUUCUGGUUUAUUCAGUUACAGAUUUGGAUUCAUUUAAUCGAGUAGAUGCAAUUAAAAAACAAUUAGAAAAGGAAAAGUUUGGAGGAAAAGAAAAACGUGGAGGGGGAGGAGGGGAGAAUAUCCAAAUAAUUGUUCUCGGCACAAAAUGUGAUUUAAUUGGUCGUCGACGUGUGGAUAGCCAAUUUGCUUUAAAUUGGGCUAAUCAAGAGAAAGUAAAAUUAUUUGAAAUUUCUUCUUCUGAUCGAAAUUCAAUUGUUGAAGUUGUCAAAUAUUUAUAUAGUAAAUUAUUUAAAAGCGAACCAAAAUUCUCUUUGAGUCGAAAAUUGAGACCAGAAAAGUCAAAUGCACAAAUUGUGAUGGAUUUUUAA